AUGAGCUUAAAGUGUCGUAUUUGUUUGGAAUUCACCGACAGUUGUACUUUUCUGUUCGGUGCCAGCAGUGAUGCAACAACGCUUGCAGACGUAAUAGAAACCUGCGCUGGUAUAAAGCUGACGGAAGAUGACGAUCUACCGUCCCACAUAUGCGUAAAAUGCUGUGAUGAUGCUGAAUCUGCCUUCUUGUUUGUUAAGAAAUGCCGACACUCGGAACGCACGCUACAGGCACAGAAAUCUCUUGUGAAUGACAAACCGACACAACAUUUGGUGGUGGAAUUCUUAACCCAAUCAGACCAGAAUAGACAGCCGCUCCAGUCGUUCUGGGAAAGUUCAACGCCUCUUGCUUCACCAGAUGAUAUUUACCUUGUCGAGGAGUACCUUGAUGAGGACAAAAUCCAGGAAAAUACUGAUCAUGAAUCCGAUGACUACCACGAGGAAGACGACGUUCAGGAAGAUAGUAAAAAUUUACCUCCGUUGAACAACCAGUCUUCUGAAGGCGAUUCGUGCUACUACUGUUGUCAUGGCGACUGCUCGUUGACGUUCCAUUACAAACAAGAACUGAAAAGGCACAUUCGUUUGCAGCACCGCCUACUAGAUUCCGAGCAGGAAAAUGAUCCACAUAAAUGUCACUUCUGCAGCAACUGCGAUCAAGCAUUUCCCAGCGCCAAAGAACUUGCCACACAUGGAUUGCUUUGGCAGUUGAAAGGACGUUUACUUAAUCCAGCGAGCAAAGGACGGCCCAAAGCUUACCCAUGCUUAUUUAACGCACCGGAGAAAAAAUGUUGCGACUGUUAUGCAUCCUUCCCAACGAUCAAAUCACUGCUUCAACACACCGUCGAGAGACAUUUGAUAAGGAAAACGGUACACGAUCCUAAGCGACCGGUACGGUGCGAACUGUGCUUCAAACUGUUCCGCUGCAAAGCGAGCCUUUACACGCACCAGAACGCUCCUUACAAACCGCGCAAUUACAGCUGCAGCACGUGCGAUGCCUCCUUUCCGACACGUUCUCGGCUGGCGGCUCACGAACCGGUGCACAGUACGGAGCGGAGGUACGUUUGUGAGGAGUGUGGUGCAAGGUUUAAGAACGAACAAAAUCUUUCCACCCAUUCGUUGCUGCACAGGGAGAAGCAGGAGGUUUGCAACGUUUGUGGGCUAAGGUUCCAUCGAAAAUCGAACCUCCGGAUGCAUCAGCGUAUUCACACCGAUGCGUACUAUGCGGCCUGUCCGCAUUGUGAGAAGAAGUGCAAAAAUCAGUCCCAACUCAAGGAACAUUUGAAGGUGCACACGAAGGAGAAAUCGUUCGCCUGUCGAUACUGUGCGAAACGGUUCAUGUAUACGAGCGACCGGAAGCGGCACGAGAUGACACACACCGGCGUGUAUCCGUUUGUUUGUGUAUGUGCGAGAAAGUUUACCCGUAAUCGGUUGUACCAGCGGCACAUAACAACGUGUAGUAAGGCAAGUAAUAGUUAG